AAGUCAGCUGUAAGCAAGCAGUAACAAUGAUCAGUUAGGACCCGAACAUAACUCAAUUGUCAUCUUAUGUGUCAAUGUCAAAACAAAGAAUUGUAAUCGGAGCGGAGCUAAUGAGGAAAAAAACUAAAUAAUUAAUUGUUUUCCGCGUAAAAAUAGCUAUCAACAUGUAAUAUUACGAACCCUCAGUGCGCUUAAAUCACGAAAAUGGCGUUGAAUAUAGAUAGCUGCGACAGUUUGCCUCCUGACGAGGAGCCAAAACUGAAAUACGAUCGUAUGGGAAACGAUGUACAAAACAUUCUGUUGAAAGACGCAGUGAGCUGUAUUUGUGUGCACACGAAAUUUAUAUGUUUAGGGACUCAGUGGGGUGUGAUUCACUUGUUGGACCAUGAAGGGAACACGGUGCCAUUAUCUCAAGAUGGUAAAGACAAAGAAUUGCAAGCUCAUGCAAUAGCUGUGAACAGGAUAUCAGUAGAUUUGAACGGGGAGUACAUCGCGAGCUGCUCGGACGACGGCAAGGUGCUGGUGUACGGGCUGUACACGGACGACAAUGCCCACAACUUGAACCUCGGCCGGGUGGUCAAGUCUGUGGCUUUGGAUCCCUGUUACUUCAAGUCGGGGUCUGGGAGGAGAUUUCUCACAGGCGACACCAAGCUGACACUUUACGAGAAGACAUUCCUGAACCGCCUGCGCAGCACCGUGCUCUGCGAGUGCGAGGGGCACGUGCAGGCCGUGGCCUGGCACGAGCGCUUCGUGGCCUGGGCCAGUGAGGUCGGAGUUCGAGUGUACGACCUGGUGGCGCGCUGCUCCCUCGGCCUCAUACCCUGGGAGAAGACCAGCGUGGACUCCAUCGAGGACUACCGCUGCAACCUCCUCUGGUCCGCGCCCAAGACCCUCAUGAUCGGCUGGGUCGACACCAUCAGGAUAUGCGUCAUUCGAAAACGAAGUCAAAUCGAACUUCAGACAAGAGACGAUACGGAAUACCUCGUCGACCCUGUCUACACUUUCCAAACGGACUACUUUAUCAGUGGUCUAGGACCUUUGGAGAACCAAUUAGUACUGCUAGGAGUACCUAAAGAGUGUGAUGCAGAAACUAUGAAAGCGCAAAGACCGGUUUUAGCGGUCGCUGACUACAAAGAUUGUGACUUCAGCGAGGUUUCAACAGAUAGUCUGAACAUAAGAGGCUAUGAGGAGUACUCCUGCAACGAUUACUAUCUAGACAUGCUUAUAGAAGAGAAUAGAUUCUUCAUAGUAUCGCCCAAGGACAUAGUGAUUGCCAGUCCAUAUGAUAUUGAUGAUAGAGUCCACUGGCUAACCGAGCAUGGCCGGUAUGAGAAAGCGAUUAGUGUCUUAGAAGAAGUUGGUGGAAAAACGAACAAGAAUUCAGUAAUGACGGUUGGGGUUCAGUACUUAGAUCACUUGAUGUCUAAACACUUAUACAGCGAAGCGGCCAUUUUAUGCGCGAGGAUAUGCAAGAGUGAUAAAGAUAUGUGGGAAAAGCAGAUCUUAAAAUUUGCUGAAGUGAAUCAGCUGAGAGCGGUGAGCGCGUACGUCCCUAAAACCCCUGAGAAAGCCCUCAGUUCUCAUCUAUAUGAGUUAAUUAUUUAUGAGUACCUCAAAGUGGAUCCUCCAGGAUUCCUCAAAGUUGUCCAGGAGUGGAACCCUGGGUUGUACAAGACGGGAAUAAUCGUCAAAGCUGUGCUAGAACACAUUCUUACUACGGAAGUAGAUAAGAAUAUAUAUUUAGAAGCACUCGCUUUACUCUAUUGCCAUCAAAAGAAGUACGAUAAAGCUUUAACCACAUACUUAACACUCCGCCAUAAGGAUGUCUUCACACUAAUUACAACAUAUAAAAUGUACAACGUCAUACACAAUAAGAUUUUAGAACUAAUGACACUCGACUGUGAUAAAACUCUUUCUAUUCUUGUCAACUCUCGCGAUAAAAUACCAGUAGAAGUUGUUAAGAAACAAUUAGAAAACCACGACAUGUAUCUCUUUAAAUAUCUGGACGCGUACAGUAAAGUAGAACAUAACGGGAAAUACCACGGAGAGUUAGUAAAGUUAUAUGCUAAAUAUGCAAGCCCUAAGUUACUUCCAUUUCUUAAAAGCAGCGAUAACUAUCCUAUAGAGCAAGCACUAGAUAUCUGUCAAAGCAAUCAUUUCUACCCCGAGAUGGUAUUUCUACUUGGUCGAAUAGGCCGAACGCAGGAAGCUCUCCAGAUCAUAAUAGAAAAACUGAACGAUAUAAACCAAGCGAUCACUUUCUGUCAGGAGCAUAACGACACAGAACUUUGGACGGAUUUGAUAAAACAAACCGUUGACAAGCCGGAGUAUGUUUCUCUUCUCCUCAAACGGAUAGGGAAUUACUUAGAUCCCCGGAUGCUAAUAGAAAAUAUUCAGCCCGGGUGUGAAAUAAAAGACUUAAAGGAUUCCCUUGCAAAAAUGAUGUGCGAUUACCACUUACAGCUAUCCGUUCAAGAGGCUUGCAAGCCGAUAACUUUGAAAAACUACUUUGAGUUACAUGAGAAAUUAAUCCUCGGGCAGCAGAAAGGAAUAUCAGUGACGGAUGACUUUGUAUGCAGUAGCUGUGUAGGGAGGAUAAUAACUAGGGAUUUGUCGAAGGCGUCUGAUUUGAUAGUGUUUAACUGCAGGCAUUCGUUCCAUAUAGAGUGUUUGAGGCAAGUGGCGCCAUCUCUGGACCAUUGCGCGGUGUGCAGCGCGAGCGCUGACGCCAGCAGAGCGUUUGGGGAUCCGAGCGGGGCUAACUAAA